CCUCCCCCUUUCUCGCCCUCGCCCCGCCCCCUCCGCCCGCGAACAUGGCGACCCCACCUCCCGCCUAGGCUGACUGGGCUCUCGGUGGGCGAGUGGCGUCGAACGAACGACGGCUGAAAGAACGACGACAAAGACGUCCACCCGACGAUGAGCUAAAGGGAGAAGGAAGGUGGGUGGGUGGUGGGAGAUUUCAGGGAGGCUCGAGGAACGAACGCAAGGCGACGUUUGGCUCGAGGAGAGGCCGCCAGACCCCCAGAGUUUGUCGUCGUCUGCAGGUCAUCACUAACGAGUCUUGAGAAGCCACAAGAAAAUAACAGGAAAAGCAAUCCCUGGUGACUAAGCUGUGGGAAACUACUGUUCAACAUGUUCACCAAGAAGAAAAAGCAGCGGCCUCAAAUCUCCGCGCCAUGCAACUUCGAGCACCGCGUGCACACCGGCUUCGACCUAGCGGAGGGCCGCUUCACUGGCCUGCCUCCGCAAUGGCAGAGCCUCUUGGCCGACACGGCAAACCGGCCCAAACCAGUGGUGGACGCCUCUUACAUCACGCCGGUGGACCUGGCUCCCAUGAAGAUAAUUGUGCGUGGCAGCAAAAAGUUACCUAUCAACGACAGCAUCAUAGCUGAGAUGAGCAGCCUAUCCGUGUCGCGCUCCAACUCUCUGCGCGUUCGCGAAGACCGGCAAGAUGUCCCAUACCGAGGCUCGGAGAGGAUACGUCCUGGACCCAGGCCUAUCACCACCAUCAUGCAAGAUGAGGAAUAUCGCGAACAGAGACGUGACAGGGAUUGUGAACGGGAGACCGGCGGAACUCGCACUGAUGGCCCGUUUGGUCGAAAUGAGAGGAUUUCCCAGCCGAAGGUGGUUAAUGGACGGCAAGGAUCGCUGGAACAGGGAUACAACCGCAAAGGACAUGGCAGACCACCGCCUGGCUACCCAGUAGCCAUCACAAAAGAGAGGCCCCCACAGAUACCAGAAUCACAAUUGUGGCACAUGGCUGAGCCUUCUGACGGAGACACGGACCGAGCGGUGGUUAGCAUUAGGGAUGAUUCUGGUCGACCCAAAUCGUCGUACGAGGCCCACCUGGUGGCGACCGGGCCUAAGGAGCGACCUAGGUCGGCGCUGGAUACUGCGGAGCGGCCGAGUCGCACCUCAACCCGGUCAGCAGGGCUUCCCCGGCCACCUCUCCCUACAGGCCGACAGCUUCAGUCAGGCUCUCUUCACUCACAGCAUCCAGCAAUGAAGUAUGAGCAAAGUGAUGCUCAACAUUCUGAAGGCAGAGAAGUGGAAAAUGUGGAUGCAUACAACCGGGUUCCAACACCUCCCACAGUUGGGGAAAAAUCUGCUCCAGUAAAAAGUGGCCCGCCUGCCACUUUUCCAAAGCCAAAAAAGCAAUUUCCAGCAAAGCCACCAUCACCACCACCACUACCACCCACCUCUUAUGUGUCUACAUCCCUUCCUCGACCUCCAGCGCAUCAUCAAAUGGAGGGAGCGUCUCAGAGAAAAGACCGACAAUCUCAGAGUGCAUCAGACUCGAGUGGAAGCGGGCCUCCCCGUGCUCACUCACAGCAGUCCAUCACGGAAAGCCAAAGUCAGCGAAUGUUUGAUUCAUCAGCAAAGCGGGGGUCUGCGAAUAAUGAGCAACAUCCAGCAGCUGUGGACCAUUCUGAGCCGUCAUUGGAUACGGGGGACAUCGGAUCCAGCAAUUCUGCUCAGCAGCAGUCUCGGCACCAUCCAGAUGACAAUCAUAAUCAUCAACCGUCAUCCAUGAAUCACUCGCACGUAAUCCAGAGUAAUGGGCCAAGUGCCCCAACAAAAAAAAUGGGUGCUCCUUUAUCAAAGCCUGGAGGAGGUGGUCCAAACAACCACAGCACACAUUCAGGGCCACAGUCUCAGCAGCACCAGCCUCCUCGAAUCUCCCACGAGCAGUUUCGAGCAGCGCUACAGCAGGUGGUCGACCCAGGAGACCCCUCGCAGUUCCUGGGAAGUUUCAUCAAGAUUGGGGAGGGCUCAACGGGAGUUGUUUGUCUGGCUGAGGACAAACGCACUGGCAAGCAAGUCGCUGUCAAGCGCAUGCAUCUUCGCAAGCAGCAGCGGCGUGAGCUACUCUUCAAUGAGGUGGUGAUCAUGCGGGAGUAUCACCAUGAGAAUGUGGUGAACAUGUACAACAGCUAUCUGGUGGACGAUGAGCUGUGGGUCGUCAUGGAGUUUUUAGAAGGAGGAGCUCUGACUGACAUCGUUACCCACACCAGGAUGAACGAGGAGCAGAUCUCAGCAGUGUGUGUAUCGGUGCUGAGGGCACUGGCCUACCUGCACGGGCAGGGUGUUAUCCACCGAGACAUCAAAAGUGACUCCAUCCUGCUCACGGCUGACGGCAGGAUCAAGCUAUCAGACUUUGGCUUCUGUGCCCAAGUGUCCAAGGAGGUGACACGGAGGAAGUCGUUGGUGGGAACGCCAUACUGGAUGGCCCCUGAAGUCAUAUCCAGGCUUCCCUAUGGCCCUGAGGUGGACAUCUGGUCUUUAGGUGUGAUGGUCAUGGAGAUGGUGGACGGGGAGCCACCCUACUUCAAUGAGCCACCACUACAAGCCAUGCGUCGCAUUCGUGACAACAUCCCACCGAAGAUCAAGAACUCCCAAGGGACUACGGUGCAGCUGAGGAGUUUCCUCGACCGCAUGCUCGUGCGUGAUCCCACGCAGCGUGCUUCUGCAGUGGAGCUCCUUGGGCACCCGUUCCUCCAGAACGCAGGGCCACCGUCCUGUGUGAUUCCACUCAUGCGACAGCAUCGAGGACGCUGACAAAAGCGAUACUUUAAAAGAUUGCUAAUUACCUUUGCACAAUAAUUCCUGCUUUGCUUAUGCACCUUUUCAUCUCCCAUGUGGAUUGUGUCGGGGAUUUUUGUUGUUUUCAAAUGUCUUUAAGCGUGAAUGAAUCUUAUCAUGGGAAAGAUUGGUGCGACACCUUUCCAUAGCUACAUCAACAGUCCACCAAUGUUGGUUACGUGAGUGGGCUAAACUAUCACUCUUUUUUUAUAGCAUGCCUCUGUACAAAAUUUAUUGUAGCAGUUUGUCUUCAUUAUUAUUAGAGUAUGGUGUGUAAAUUUCAUCGGUGACAUAUCAAAGUGUACGAACUACUGAAAAACCUGUGUAAUGUGCAUCCUUCUCAACUGAUUUUUUUUCCUGCCUCAAUUUUGAAUGUUAUUAGUCUUUUUCACUGAAAUUGAAAAAAAUACUUGCUGGUUUAAGUAAAAAUUAAAGGCCUUUCAAGUAAUGGAUCCUUUAUUUACUUUUAUAUUUUGUAAAUAUAUAAAAAUGAAGCACUUACAUUUGAUUAUAAAUAUGGGAGAUUAAGGAUUUGGGAAUGUGUUUUUGUCCAACGUGCCAGAAAUGGUUGCGUUAACUGGUAAGUGAUUGUAGACAUUUUUCACAUCAACUUUAUUAUAUGCAGCUAACAGUUGAGUAGACGAUUUCUCCCCUCCCAAAUAACCUAUUUUGCAGCAUUGUUCACGAUUUUAUAAACUGAAAUUUCAGAUGGCAGUGCAACAGGUACUAUAUUUUACAAUUCUCUGUGCAGGUUAACUUUGAUUAUUUUACCACAGAAAUCUUGAAUAGGUACGGUAAAUCACUUGCAGCCCAACGUGAUAUUUAUUUCCCUGAAUUUUUAUAUCAAAACUAUUAUGGUUUUGGGGACCAACUUCGGUUAUAGACACUUUUUUUACACGUCACACUGGGUUUCUAAAUGUCACGUUUGCUUGCAGGUUUUAAAAGGUGAAAUAUUGAAACGUGGUAUUGUUUUAACUUCAAGCAAAAUGCAAGACAACGUUGUAUUUAUCAACCAAACGACUGAAUCUUCUGGCAGCCUCGUCAAGUUCACGUUUCUGAUUCUUGAAAAGCAAAUGCUUAUGUACAGACAUUUUGGUGUAACAACUGUACAUUGUACUGUAAUGUUAGUCUUUUGUCAUUAUUUUACUGCACUACCCGAUUGUACAGUUUCUUACUGGGGAGUACUGUUAAUUGUUUAAUUUUGAGACUGGAACACUAAACAAUUUUUUAAUUAUUGGAAAAGGUAACGUGAUACCUGCUUUUGCCUCGUGUUUUUUGACAAUUCCUUUAUAUGAAGACACCUGCAGUCUUUGUUGCCACUUGCUCCUUUGCUGUAUUAGGUUUCAGAGAUCAAAUUGUCCUUGCUAUUUACCUUGGAGCAGUUGAACAAACGCCCAUCAUUGAGAGUUGUUUCAUCAUUUUGGCUCGUGGAUUUAAGCAUUCUGAGGAUAUCUGAUAGGUGUUAAUAGUUUCAUAGUUCAUAUGACUGCAACAUUCAUUAAAAAAUAAAACAUUGGUUGAUUUACAA